CAGGGGGAGGGAGGACGGUCCCGAGCAACCUGCGGAUCAUGCAGAUGCAGGCGUCCAGGAAGAAGCACAACAAGCUCGAGUUCCUCGUCCCGUAGUGGGAUCUGCAGCUCGGCAUCUCCAUCAACCAGUUCCUCUCCAUCUUCGCUUCCAAGAAUCCCGACUUCAGGAACAGAGCGUUCGCAUUCUUGUUCGCCGACGGGGCCAAUGAGGAGCUCAGCUCGCUGCAGGCCGUCGUGUUCACCUGCUAGUCCGUCCCCUGUACCUCUAGGCAGGGCAGGUUCAAGGCUAGUGUUACUCACCGAUCUACAUCUUUCAGUGUGUCUUCCAUGAUCUUGCCUCUAUUUUCCAAUGGUACGGCUUCAGGCUCCUCCCCAGUAUUUCAUUGUGCUGUUUCUUCAGUGCUCACUAGUUGCUAGUGUUCGACUGCUACAAGUGGGUUAAGAUUAGUCUUUUAUAAUUGUUUUCUUGAGGAUGAGUUACUGGGGCUGUUCAUGCAAUGACUCCAAAUUAUAUGUGUUUUCUUGAGGUUCGGCUGGUGGACGAAGAUCUGCACGAGGUGCUUGGACAGCAGAUCAGCUCGGAGCUCCGGGGCCGCCUUGCCCUGUCCUGCAGCUAUAGCAGCAAGGUGUGGCUGGUUGGCGACAGGCUGACAACGCGGGAGCAGGAGAAGGCGGAGCUGGGUUGCAAUAGAAUCCCAACAGGACCGACGCUGAAGGACCUGGACAUGUGCUUCUUGACAUUCCAUUGCUUGGCAACACCUUCCAAGGAUAGCCAUCCCACCACACCAGCAUGCCCUGGCUUCGAAUCGGCCACUUCACCACCGAAACGGGCAGGCUUUCCCUGCUCGCCUUUGGGCUGGCAUCCUACAAGCUCCGCAGCUCCCUGUGGGCGUCCAACGGUGCCCCGGAGCAGGAGGGUGUCACGUCGCUGAUGCAGGAGGCGGACAACUAGCUCCGCUGCGUACAGGUAGAUCACCCGGACUUCCGGUUCUUCGUGUCCCACUUCGGCGCGACAUGGAGAUGACUGCUCUGUUGUAAAUUUCCUUUUUGUGUCUCUGUUAGUUAUAUGAUGAUGACUGUGUGUUGCCAAGUCUGAACUCAGCUGGCUGUGCGUUGAGCACAAGUCUGUUCUCUAUGGCACAUAGUGCAGCGCCCCUCUGCCUGGGGGUUGUAUC